UAGAACAUCGGCUCUGCAUCUGACGCUAAGCAACACCGUGGGCGGAGGUUCCCUGCGGCACAGGUGGCUCUGAGCCCUAGGAGACGUGCCCGUUGGUUCCGUCUGCAGAGCACGCCGCAAUCCCACUUGUCACCCGACUGUUGAGUUUUCACAAACAAUGUCGGAAUCCGCCACGGCGCCUAUCUGGUUUCUCCGAGCUCACUACGGGCUUUAGCUGCAACAAGGUGCCGUACGAAGGUGGUCGUGCGGUGCAAGUCCGGAGCUGCCUGGUUUGUGCCGGCAUUGCGACGGUGGCAGCUGCUAGGGAAAGCCCUUGUCUUCUGCAAAAAGGAGGGGGGGGGGGCGCCUCUUCCGUCCCUGCUGCCCCACUUUCACCGGGGCUUUCCCAACUAUCAUCAAACACCCGAACCCGUUGCCAGGUGACGUGCUUCCAGCAACAAUGGUGGCCGACAGCUCGGAGCUGGCUGUGUCGAACCAGUGUCUUUCGUUUUGCGCUGACGGUGAUCUGCGGCCCAGGCGUCCUUCGCAACAAACUGGUCUGCCCGACUGUGGCGGAGUGGGAAAACGCGUUGAAGCAAGCACAAAGCUGCACAAAUGGAAGCUCACCCGGCCUGCAGUGAUCGUUCAAGCCGGCACGGUGCGCGGCACCAGAGCGGCGGCGCCACCAGGCAGCAGCAGCAACCUGGACAAGUGGGUUAUAGGCGCGGCGUGCGUGGCCACGACGUUCAUGACCGGUGCGACGUUACGCACCAUAGGCUUUCUCUUCGUCAACUUCCUGGCCAAGUUCGGAGCCACCAGGCAGCAGACGGCAUGGUCCGUCAGUUGCACCUCGGCAGGUGUAGCGUUCUCCGGGGUCCUGUGCAAGUUCCUGCUUCAGUGGUCACCACCCUGGCCAUUGAUCAUGGUCGGCUCAGCGUGCCAAGUGGCUGGGAUGUUCGGCGCCUACUGCGCCCCAGACGUCACUAUCUUGGCGGUGACCUUUGGUCUGCUACACGGCAUUGGGGCUGGUCUCGUGUUCGUGCUGACUGGCACGUUCAUCGAGCGCACCUUCGUCACCAAGCGGCGUCUCCUGAUGCAGCUGAACAUGGUCGCGUUCUGCGGUGCUGGCUCCUUCUUCCCUCGCAUACUGCUAUACAUUGCGCAGGAAUUCGGCUACUCGUGGAUGAUGCUCUUUCUUGCCGGAGUGCUGCUCAACGUGCCUGUACUCUGUGUGCUUUUCAGACCAAGAUGGAAACCUGAAGAAAACAAUAACGUCUUGCCUUCAACUGCAGCGCAGAAAAUUUUCAGCAUCGAGCAGGGAACUAAGCUGAGCUCUUCAGAAAAUGUUGGUGCGCCCGUCCCUGGAUCCAUAUUCACCAAGCCCCUAUUUUACGUCACAGCACUGACGCACCUGAUUUUCUUUUACGUCAUUAACCUCUUCGCGAGUAUCUCUGUGGACACCAUUUUAAGCAAAGGCAUUCCCGUCAUCUUCGCGAUCACCAUCGCGCCUUCGGUGUCUGUGCUGGACUGUAUUGGCCGCGUUGUGAUGCCCCUGGCUACCGAGAAGGGGUACUUGAGGAGAUCGACACUCGUAAUGGUGGACUACUUUUUCAUUGGCGUCGGAUUUCUUCUGAUAUCCUUGAUCCGGAGUUACCCCGCAAUGCUGGCCACCUGCCUCGGCUUCGGUGUCUUCAGCGGCCACGCAAUUGCAGUGCACAACUCGCUGAUGGGCGACGUCGUCGGAGCCGAGCAACUCAACUUCAGCAACGUGAUAGUAACCUGCAUCGCCACCGUGUCCUUUCUUACGAAGCCUCUACUCUUCGGUUUCUUCAGAGACAUGCAGGGAUCUUAUGACAACCUGUACCGCUUCAUGAGUGGCUUCAUGUUUCUCAACACUUUUGUUUGGCUAGUCGUAAAUCUUACAGAAAGGUUCCGUAAGAAACGAAAGUGGACAACGAGCAGUUCUCAACUCCAAUUGUGUGACCUUCCAACGCUGACUGGCUACCAAGUCAUGGAUUUGACUUCGUUGAUGGCGUGAUGCUGCUGACACUCAAGCAAAUGUGUUUCGCCACCUAGCCGAGUGCAAACGACUAAAUAGUGGAGCUGGAGCCCACAAGCUGAUAAGAGUAAUCGGGAACUACAGAUGAAUGUUUGACCUUCUGACAUUUGUUGGAAAGCAGUUUUAGAUAGGCAGUCCUGAGAUCAUUUUUUUACUGCAAAGAGUUUGUUGUGGGUAAUUACGUGCAAGAAAUACUAAUUGCAUACAGAUGUGUGUUGUGCGAUGUUUGUUCAUUAGUGUAGGGGCGUAGCUGCAGGUGUGCCAAACGAUGGUCACAAACUUGUGCCGAUUGAUCUACUUCAAGAAAAAUAUCGCAUCCUGGAAAAAAGAAAAUCAUACUCAUGUUGAGUUGAAUCAAAGUGUAAAUGAGUUUUUCUGUCUUCUUAUUGGAGCGUUCGGGAAGUGCGUUUUCCAUCCUUUGGGAUUCGCGUUUCCGCCCACAAAAUUCGCUACCUCAGAUACUUUGGUGUGACCCCUUGAUAUCUGUCUCGCUAUUUUAUUUUUUGUUAGAUUUACAGAAUAUCAUGGUUGUGGCACCUGUUUUUGAAGUCCUUACAAUUACGAUGUCUCGGGGGCGAAAGGACCAUAGAGCUACGGUCAUGAUCAACUGUGAUUAUGUUUAGCAUGAUAAAUUCAGUGCGCUGUAGAAUCUGAAUGUAUGUUAUGUAGCAAUGUUUAUUGCUCAAAAGCGGCAGCAAUAACUACUGGCGUUCGGCAUCCUGCAAAUGAAAUUAAAUUAUGCCAGCGAAUCACAUCGCACGAAAUGCAAGGUAAUUUCGUUGGUGGAAUAUUCUCAUAAUUUUACGCCGAUGUAGUUUUCUUAUGUACAAAAUCCCUUGCCACCUAUAGGCUUGUUUAAGAUUCUUGGUAGGUCAUGAAGGCACUGCAGUCAUUUCUGUGAUAACUGUGUACACACUGAGGUGACCGUUACCGCGCUAUUAUUCUUUUAAGUUCUUGUUGCACUUGUUGUCUGUGAUGUGUACAUUGUUGCGCUUGAAACAUUUUGGUUUGUGUGUAUGUAUACUCCAGUUGCGCAUGUCUGCGAGAGCGCAGCAAGGACGUUUUGAAGUACGGUUGCGACACGUAGUUUCUUUUGGAAAGCCUCGUGGACGCGUCAAGUGUUUUAUGUGGUUGUUUGAGUUAGAACAUUCUACUGAUAUGUCAAAGCUGUUUGUUUAUGUUGUGCCCAUUUUUAAAUUUGUGUUUUCUUUUUGUCAGCUAGGUUCGUUUUCGCGUGAGAGUACAUGCCCCCUCUCUGAAAUCGACGAGAUUAUGUGUGUCGCCACGAGGGACAUGAGCAUCGGAGGAGGAAGGCGGUGGAGGUGAAGAGAAUCGUAAGCCGGGGAAAGUCCGGGGGGCGCGCUGAGCACGCGGCAGAGCAGCGCCACCUUGAGGAAAGUCUAGUUCCGGGUGUCGCCACCUAGACUAUCCUCUAGGUAGCGUUAAACGAAGUGGAGAAGGAGAAAUGGGGCGAGGCGUCGCAGAGUAGGAAAGUCCAUCUUAACGCAAAAGUGUGCGAAAAAGACGUACCCGAGAAGGAAACGACAAACACGGACUCAACUUGCAACUAACAGUUUAUCUCCAAAGAAACAGAAUAAGUAUAAAACUACGCUCAAAGAGAACAGCCACCCUCUCAAGUGUGCACGUCUACGCCUUUUUCGCGCACUUUUUCGUUAAUAUGGAACUACACCAACUCGCCCAGCUCUCAGUUUUGAUGAGUAGUAAGGUACGCGAGAGCGCGCUGAGUUCACCUCCCCUGGCAGUUGCCACGGGUUCCGUGUGCUCUAUGGACGUACAGGGUUUCCCUCGCGAUCGAGAGACCGAGCGCCGAGCAAGAAGGAUGGAGCGGCGACUUAAGCGGCGGUAGGCCGAGCGCGAGUCUACAGACCUCGAAGUCGUGGCUAAGCGCCGGGCACGAGCUGAACAAAUACACGAAAAGGCCUGGGCUUCGAAUACCCAGGAGACUCCAGAAGUGGAAGGGGAAAGCAAAUAGUGUGGAUAGUUUAUUACCAAAUCGCUUGAAAUAAUAAAGUUUGUGUAUUUCCUUACA